AUGGGCCUCUUAUCAUUAGGUACACCACUUCCUUGGUCUGAAGCUAAAGAAUACGCUGAUCACGUUCGUAAACAUGGUAUUGAACAAUUCCUUAAUAUUUAUCAUAGCCAAAAAAAUAAGCAAAAACAAUCUUUGCUUUGGGGUGAUGAGAUCGAAUAUCUUGUUGUAAAGUUUGAUGACAAGGAAAAAACCACCAAAUUAUCACUUCGAGCAUUUGAUAUUCUUAAAAAUCUAGAACAGCCAGAACAUGAUUUUAUAGAAGGCAAAACAAAAAAAGCACCAGAUGCUUUAUGGAGACCCGAAUAUGGUCGUUACAUGAUCGAAGGUACACCAGGUCAACCUUAUGGUUCAACUUUUAGAGAUUUAAUAACCGUUGAAAAAAAUAUGAAGUUGAGACGUCAAUUAGCUAUUGAAGCUAUGCAUCCUGAUGAAUCUGCCAUCACUCUCGUCAAUUAUCCUCGUUUAGGUUGUCCUCAUGAGACCGUUCCUGAUUAUGAGCCUAAUGGUACCGCUUGUCAAAGUUUAUUUGUACCUGAUGAAAUCAUUAAUCCUCACGCAAGAUUCCCUACAUUAACUGCUAAUAUUCGUCGUCGUCGAGGCUCUAAAGUAAAGAUCAAUAUGCCUAUCUUUCAUGACAAGAAUACAUUGAAACCAUUUAUUGAUCCUACUAUUCCUUGGGAUCGUCAAUUAUUUGAUCAUGAUAAAGAAGCAAAAGAAGGAGCUGCUCUUGCUGAUCAUAUUUAUAUGGAUGCUAUGGCUUUUGGUAUGGGUUGCUGUUGCUUACAAAUCACUUUUCAAGCUUGUAAUAUUGAUGAAGCAAGAAGACUCUAUGACCAAUUAGCUCCUGUAGCACCAUUAAUGAUGGCCCUCUCUGCUAAUUCUCCUAUUUAUCGCGGUUAUUUGGCUAAUGUAGAUGCUCGUUGGAACGUCAUUUCUUCUAGUGUAGACGAUAGAACACCAGAAGAAAGAGGUGAAAAGCCUCUUCAACAUGAUCGAUUCAUUAUUAACAAGUCACGUUACGAUUCAAUUGAUUCUUAUCUAUCUAACGAUUCUAAUUAUAAAGCAAAAUACGACGAUAUUAAUUUGAUUUACGAUCAAGACAUUUAUAAUACACUGAGAGAAAAUGAUGUAGAUGAAAAAUUGGCAAAACAUAUUUCUCACCUCUUUAUUCGUGAUCCACUUGUUAUUUUCAAAGAACUUUUAAAUGUUGAUGAUAAAUUGUCAUCUGAUCAUUUUGAGAAUCUUCAAUCUACAAACUGGCAAACAAUGAGAUUUAAACCACCACCACCCAAUUCCUCUAUUGGCUGGCGUGUCGAAUUUAGAAGCAUGGAAGUCCAAUUAUCUGAUUUUGAGAAUGCAGCCUAUUCGGUCUUUAUUGUCCUAUUAACGCGUGUUAUCCUCAGCUUUGGUCUCAACUUUUAUAUUCCCAUUUCAAAAAUUGAUGCCAACAUGCAGACUGCACAUAAACGAAAUGCAGUUUUAAAUGACAGAUUUUAUUUCCGUAAAAAUGUAUUUAGUACACAAGGCAACCAUUCUAGUUUAACGAAUGAAGACGAAGAUGCAUAUGAAUUGAUGACAAUGGAUGAGAUUAUUAAUGGCAAAGUAAGCUUUGUACCUUUAAUUCAUAGUUAUUUGAAUAGUACAAAUAUAGAUAUUGAGACACGGUGUAAAUUAUCAAGUUAUCUAAGUUUAAUCAGUAAGAGAGCAAGUGGUGAGCUCAUGACAGGUGCUACUUAUCUAAGACAGUUUGUUCAACAACAUCCUGAUUAUAAACAAGAUUCUAUUGUGACCUCCAAAAUAACGUAUGACCUUGUAAAAAGAGCAGAUCAAAUUGCUAAAGGUGAAUAUCAUCCUAUAGAGUUACUAGGUUCAUUCUCUGCAUAG